UUCUUCUUCUUUUUUUUUCUUAUUUCUUUCAUUUAUCGUUUCUUACAUUGCGCUCCGCUCUCAACCUCUCUUCCUUUUUUUCGAACUUUUUGUUUCUUUCUUCUUUCAUCCCUUUCCACGUGAUUUCGAUACUUUCAUUUAUCUCAUCUAUCAUUCAACAAUCCGCUCAUUAUUACACUGUAGCGACUCGUGCCUGCAUUAGCCCCUGUGGCUGUCUGCAUUGAGCCUUUGUCUCACAACGACCGACAAAUAAACAAAACAAAUCGAUCACUAAACCAGGCGUAGUAUCCCCGCAUCGGCUUUGAUGGAGAAUCCCCGGGCCUCCGGGCCCGACAGGGCUACGAUGCUCGACGGCCUAGAGUCAAAUCACAAGUCCAUCAUGGAGGCGUUUGUGGCCCGCAAGAUCGACGCCGUCGCAGCCGGCGGCGACUGGGACGGCAAGCGCAGAAGCAGCAUGUCGCCUCCGCCAUCUGUCGUCUGGCGCCGUCGUCACCGGUCCUCCGAGUCCGACGCCAGCAGCAUAGCUUCCUCGGCUUUGUCCAUCGCCCCGCCAUCCAUCAUGAGCAUCAGCCCGCCGCCGACCGCGACUCUCAGCCCAACUUUUACCAUCUCGUCGCACGAGCAGCACGGCUGGACCACGCCAAAGAUGCGCGCUCGUGGUAUGUCUAUCGCAUCGCUAGAGGUCCCCACCACGCCCACCUCUAUAGGCGAGCCAGCCUUCUCGACGAAGCAUCAGUCCAUCAUGUCCAAGCACCAGUCUAUCAUGAAGCCGCUGCCACCACUGCCACCCCAGCAGCAACAGUCUGGCUUUGGUGAGAUCACCAUCCCCCACAGGCCGAAGCGGAGGAAGCACCGGCAGUCGUGGGACUCGGGCUACCGCUCGCAGAUGAGUGGCCCCCACACCCGGGGUAACUCGGUCGACGAGGGCAGUGCCGCCUGGCCUUCGAUCCACCGACAGCAGCAGCUUCUAAGGGAUAGGGAGGCCAUGCCGCCGCCUGCCCCGCCAUCGGAGCAGCUGGAGCAGCAUCAGCAACGGCAAAGCGCACCGGCCGUCAACACAGACGCGCUCAAUAUCCUCGAGUCGUCGGCCCCGGAGCCAUCGAGCCCACUUUCGUCGUUGGACUCGGAGGACGAAGACGAAGGAAUCGACGUUGACGAGGCCUCAUCCGAUACCACCAUGCCGGCCGAGGAUGCCGCUGGCCGGGUCCUCAAUUACGCGCUGGACGUAGCCCUCGGGCUUGGAACGCACGAAAUCGAGGAUGACCCAACCUGCCGGAACGUCGUCCACAACUUUUUCAGCGACCUAGAGUGGGCAGUCAAGAAGUCCCAGCAGCAGAACGACUCGGACCAGCCCUCGAGGACUGUCUCCAGUGCGUCAAACGGGAGCAGGGGGAGCCGGCGAUCGACGGGUAGGAGCAAGCGCAAGUCGCGCGAGGGCGCCGACGAGGAUGGUGGGGAAGACGGUACCGAAGAGGGAGGCGGUGGCGGGGGUUCCAAGCAGCGGGAGCCCGGGCCUGCCAAGCGCGCCAAGCUGGAAUCGCCAGUCCGGAUGAGCUGUCCGUUUAGGAAGAAGAACCCGCUGCGGUUCAACGUCCGGGACCAUCGACUGUGUGCGCUGACUGUGUUCACCGACACAGCCGAGCUACGCCGCCACAUCCAGGACUGCCACAAACGCCCCAACAACUUACCCCAGCACCGCUGCCCACGAUGUCAGACCCAGUUCUCGACCGCCGCAAAUCUCCGCGAGCACCUGUUGUUCCGCGACAAUGUGCUCUGCGAGAUCGUCGAUGCCAGCACCACAGCCGACGCCGAGCUCCUCCACAGCAGCGGCGGCGGUGACCGGAGUAGCACUGGCAGUAACCUCAGCAGCAAUUAUCAAGCACGCGUCGACCCUGAGGAUGGUAUUUAUCCUGCAACGGCCGAAAAACUGCGAUCCAAAAAGGGUCGUGUAUCAGACUCGAUCGAGGUCCAAUGGCUCAAGAUCUGGGAGCUGUUGUUCCCAGAUACUGAGGUGCAGCCAUACGACUACGUGGCUGUCAUUGAGCACCACGAGCUACACGCAAAGUACCGCGAUAGCCUGCCGGUCCUGCGUGGGUCGCUAUCCGCCAUUGGGCUAGGCGACAGGGGCCUCGACACUCUCGACCACAUCCUGACCAACCACCUGAUUGAUUUGUUUGAGCAGUGCAAUGAAGAGGGCAGGAGGAAGGACUACCGGAAUAGGUACCGCCAGUCGGCUAGGAGUUCGACGGCUGCUUCGGCCGCUCCACAACCACAACAACAACAACCGCAGCAGCAGCAACAACCACAGCCAACCACACAGCUGCGCAAGCAAUCCUCCCUGCGACAACGUCUGGCGGCCGCCCAGCGCGACUCUGGGUUUGUCGACGACGAAAGUUACAUGGAAGGUGGCAUCACGCCGGCGCUGACUUCAGACGAUGGCUCAAGCCCCGGCUACGUUUUCGUCAAGCCGGGCGACAUGACCAGGUCGUCCGUGUCCCCGCCACAGCAGUUCUCGGGCUACUCUCCCGGCAUAGACAACAUGAUGCUGCCCGGUGCCACCCCCACGGCCGUCACCAUGGCGGGAGCAGCAGCGGCGGCCGGUGGCAUGAUGGCCGCCGGAUCCUUUGCCGCGGACCCCUGCUUCUCCGACUACUUUGUCCCGCAGGGCCACGAGAGUGGUGACCUGGGCCUGCAGUACGGCAACCUGAGCGACUUCCAGCCGUUCGGGCAGGGUCUGGGCGUGUACGGCGGUGGUGUUUCCGGUGCUGAGAUGCCCUGGAUGACGCCCAUGGCCAUCAGCGCCGAUGAGGGUGAUCUCGGUGCUGGCCAGCAUGAUAGCACUAGCGCGUGGGUUUAUGGACAGCCUUCGUGA